UGUAACGGGGGUCGGCGGCGAGCGGCUGCUCAACGGAGAGGCUCUGCGCAGCAGGACGGAGGGGGAGGCGCUAGGGGGCGCCACAGAGAUGCAGUGGAUUUGGGUUCCCCGGAUGAGCUGACGGAGAUCGUGGAGGUGGACGAGGGCAUCUGCACACAAGCGUGCGCCGCUCCGAGCAGCCCGCCGACCAUCGUCAUCAGCAGCAGCAGCAGCAGCGGCGGGAAACCGGGCGGGAAGGGUCUGCGCCGCCUGACGGGCCGCUCCAGCAAAGACAAGGAUGCGGCGACCGGCGUGGAGCAGCUGUCGCGCAAACAGGCCACCGUCCGCGCCAUGAGUGAGAACCUGGAGCUGCUGUCGCUCAAGCGCCUUACGCUGACCAAGAGCGGCUCGCUGAGUCUGUCGCGCACCGCUAGCUCCGUCUUCUCGCGCUCCUUCGAGCAGGUCAGCAGCGUCCUCUCCUCCAGCCCCACAGCCAAUCACAUCGCGGAGGCGGACGAUGGGGGCGUGGCUUAUUUGGAACACCUAAGCCCCGCCCACCAGCACCGGCAGCGCUCGCCCACCAUCAGUAUCCACGUGACCUCUGACCUGUGACCCUAAACAGAGACGCUCGUCGCUGCCACCUUGUGGCAGGAAACUGCAGCACCUUACAGGAAGUCUGUUUAUUUUUUUCCUUCGGUUUUCGUCAGUCGUGAUCGAUUACCAAAGUCAUGUAUUUUUGAAGUGUUUUUACUCCAUGUGAAGUCAGACGUUGUGUAUUUUUAAUGCCGAUUUGGUUGUUUUCACGGUAUUGUUACUCGAUUUUUACGUGUACGAACUGCAGUUCCUCUUCCCUACGUAUCCCAGCAUGCACUGCGCUCCAACCUGAAGCCAUCACGUCACAGUUUCCAGGAAUUCGGAUGCUUGAUUACAAACCCGAGUGGAAAAUCCUGAAGAAAUCUGACCAAAACAAGAGUCGUCUUCAUUUACAGUCAUCUUUUUCCUGGUGUUUCUGAAGCAAUAUGGUUAUUAUAUGAAGUGCUGUAUGUGAGGCCAUAAGAGACGCUUUGACACGUGAGGCGGGCGGGUUAGUUAGUAUUGGUGGUUAAACUGGUAUUAGUUAACCAUCCGUUCGUGUGUCACACCGAUGUCAUGCAGAGACCCAGCAAACAGUGUGAUUAUAAGCCAGAAAUCAUUUCUCGAUUUAAAAACGAAUCUAAUUCUAGCUUCGAUUUGCACCCGUAUUUGUCUGGUUUUAUUGUUUUCUUUUUUAAAGAUGAUGUUUUUGAAGAUGUUUUCUGCUCAUAAUGGUUUGUGUUUCUGAUUUGAAGUGGAUCAUCAAUAACCGUGCUCGUGUCUGUGCUCAGAUUAUUUGGAGAAUGUGAAUAUGUUGUUGUGAAUUGUAAAUAUUAUCGUACUACAGUCAUUUUUUGCCUUUUGUCCAAAAUAAAAGUAACAUGGUUACAGUCUGAAAAUAAAGAUUUCUACUUCAA